GGCUCGAGUGCUAAACAUGCCAAUAUGAUUCAUCAUUUUGUGGGCAUGGGAUUUUCCAGAGAGACAGUAAUCAAAGCUAUUAAUGAAAAUGAAGGAGAUAACGAUGAAGAUAUUAUGGAAACUCUGCUUUCACUUACUGCUGAAAAACCCUCAACAGGAGAGAACGAUGAGAUAUUGUCCAUACUUGUCGAUAUGGGAUUCACUUUUGAGGAGGCUUGCACAGCUAUAGACAAAUGCGGUCCUAAAGCUGAGAUCGGUGAUCUAGCAGAUUUCAUUAGUGCUUCUCAGUUAGAAGAGGAAAUUGACUCGCUUCAAGAUCUGCCUAGAAAUAAACGUGUUGCAACUGCUGAUACACAAACAGAGCAAAGUGAUUACCUUCAUACAAGUAAGAAAGUAAAACUCCAUGACAAGAAAGGCAAAUACAGAAUCAGCUGGUCAAAAGAGAAGGUAACAUCAGCAGUUGAUAUGGGAAUGAUACAUCAUCCACCAGGUCCAAUGACAGGGUUUGGUGUACCCAAUGAAGCCAGUAAAGUAAUUUCAAGAGAGCUCCCAAGUGAAGUAACAGGUAAACCAUACUUCUAUUUUGAGAACGUGGCACUUGCUCCUAAAGGAGUUUGGAAUAAUAUAUCACGUUUUCUCUAUGAGAUUGAGCCAGAAUUUGUUGAUUCCAAGUACUUUUGUGCUGCAAUGAGGAAAAGAGGAUAUAUCCAUAAUCUUCCCAUCCACAACCGCUUCUCUCUGCUUCCUAUCCCACCACUGACUAUACGAGAGGCUUUUCCUUCGACUCAAAAGUGGUGGCCUUCCUGGGACAAAAGAACAAAGCUCAAUUGUCUUCUAACUGGCAUAGGUCCUGGCACAGUUACAGAUAGAAUAAGGAAAACCCUUGAACAGUUUGAUGAUGAACCUCCACAAAAUGUCCAAGAAAAUGUACUUCAAGAUAUUAAAAAGUGGAACUUGGUGUGGGUUGGGAAAAACAAAUUGGCCCCUCUUGAACCUGAUGAAUAUGAAAUGUUGCUGGGAUUCCCAAAGGAUCACACCAGAGGCGGUGGAGUCACCCGGACAGAGAGAUACCGGGCACUUGGCAAUGCGUUUCAGGUUGAUACAGUUGCCUACCAUCUUUCAGUGUUGAAGGAUCGUUUUCCAAAUGGCAUUAAUGUGCUGUCUCUCUUUUCUGGCAUUGGAGGUGCUGAGGUUGCUCUGCAUCGACUUGGAAUAAUGCUUAAAAAUGUGGUAUCUGUGGAAAUAGCUGAAGUGAACAGAAACAUUAUUCACUGUUGGUGGGAGCAGACCAAUCAAAAGGGAAACCUAAUUGAGGUCGAAGAUGUACAGAAAGUCUCUUCAAAUCAGCUGAGGCAGUGGAUAACCAAGUUUGGUGGAUUUGACCUCAUUAUUGGUGGGAGCCCCUGCAACAACUUUUCUGGCAGUAACAGAGUUAGUAGACAUGGGCUAGAGGGAGAACACUCCUCACUCUUUUACGAAUACUACAGGAUUCUUGAGGCAGUAAUGGAAAUGCAGAAAAGUGACCCUGAGUGAAACAACAAAAUGCAAUGGUGGAUUUUGUUAUUUCUCACUAUUGUAUGUAAAUCAAAAUUUUAAGGUGUGUAACUGAAAAUGAAGUACACAGUAUGAGGAAAAUCCAAUAGACUCCCAAAAAAAAUGCAAUU